CGAGCGCGUCGCCGCCCGCCGCCGGCCAAUGGGGAGCCGCCUUGCUGCGAGGUGCAGCGGCCGGGGCAGCAAUGGCGGCUGCGCGCUUCCACGAGCGGUGGCUCGGGCCGGGCGACGUCGUCAACCUGCUGUCGGAUGAGGAGGAGGAGGAGGAGGAGGAGCAGCGGCCGCCGGACACGGACCCGGACCCGGCCUCGGCCUCCAACUACAACCGCCCCCUGACCGGGCCGGGACCGGGACCGGGACCGCGCCGCGUCCAACUGCGGCCCGCGACUGCGCCCAUCGCCGCCACCGCCGCCGCCGCCUAUCCCGGACCCGGACCCGGCCUCGGCCUCGGCGAGGAGGCGCCGGAGAUCGACCGCGGCCUCGUCUUCUUCGAGAACCAGAAACUCUUCUGUGAGUUUGUAGAAUACUGUGGUUCGUUAACAGAAGAAAACCCAGAAGUGAUGAGCUUCCUGCAGAAGAAAUACGACAAGGCUUUCCCUGACUACUUGGCCUCCACGGAGUUUCGCAACGUACUGGGACGCUGCCUCACCAGGGUUCAAGGCAAGAAGAGUAAAGUGUUUGUUUACAUCAAUGAGCUAUGCACCGCACUCAAAGCCAACUCGCAGAAAAACAAGCUGGCUUUGGCCGGCAGAGAGAACAACAAGCUGGAGGUUGAGGGCCCAUCUGUUAUGGAUGGCACGGUGCAGGAGGCCUCUCCUGAGGGGAUGUCUGCCCCGACAGAGGAUGCCCCCUCCACAUCCGUCCCCAACCCCGCCGAGCACAAGCGCUCUGGUUCAAGACGACAGAUCCGGUACCUGGAAAACCUCCUGAAGGUUUACGCGGAUGAAAUCAAGCGUCUGCAGGAGAGGGAGAUGAACUUGGACGAACUGGAAGACGAGGAUUCCUCUUACAUUCAGGAGCACCGGCUGAAGAAGAAGAUGAUGAAGAUCUUUGAGAAACUGUGUGAGCUGAAGAAGUGCCGGAACCUGACUGGCCGGGUGAUUGAACAGCGCAUCACCUUCACAGGCACCCGUUAUCCUGAGAUCAACCGCAAGGUGGAGAGGUUCAUCAACAAGCCAGACCACUUUCCUGACUACCUGGACAUCAGAAACAUCAUGCAGAAAGUCAGCACCCGCCAUAGCCUUGGCCUGAGCCACCGGCAGAUCCACAGCAUGGCACAGGACGUGUUUCGUGAGGUAGGAAACCGCCUGCAGGAACGCCGGCACCUCGACCUCGUCUACAACUUCGGCAGCCAUCUCACUGACGACUACAAGCCAGCCAAGGACCCGGCUGCCAUGGACGGCACUUUGGAAAAGCGGCUCCGGCAGAACCGCAGCGUGGCACUUGGGCGUUUGGACGACGUAGUGAAGAAGUUUGCAGAGAUCCAGGACGUUGGGGAAAUGGAGGAGGAGGAGAGGAGGAAGAAGAAGAAGCUGCUGCAGCAGCAGCAGCUGCAGCAGGCGACUGCCCCGAGUGCAUGUGAAGCUGGCAGCACGGGGGUGACGGAGAAACAAGACCAGGCUCAGACCGAGGAGGAGGAGGAGGUAAAGGAGCAAGCGGUGGAGGGUGCUACCUCUGACGAGGACGAAGAUGAGGAGGAGGAGGAGGAGGAAGAGGAGGAAGAGGAAGACUUGUCUUCUGAGCCUGACAUUGAAGAGGAGCUGUCUAAGAUCGAGACGGCUGCAGAGGCAGACGCAGACGCAGAGGAGGAGCCGCAAGAAGGAAUGAUAUGGAGACUUCAGAGAGGAUUUGAGGGUUGCCAGAAUGAUGCCUGGAUCAGGGGCUAUUUGCUUCAGGGAGAGGUUGCACAGACUUGGAUUGUUCUCUCUGGAACACCGACGGAUGAGAAUGGGGAAGGCAGUGAUGUUGAAGAGGUGGAGGUUCUGUCUGAAGACUCGCUGCAGUCAUCGGAUGAAGAGAGUGAGGAGCCUGAGACUGCAGAGGCUGAGGCUGAUGCAGGAGAGGAAGGCAGAGUUGUCCCCUCAGGAGAGAGACGGGAGAGGGUGGGAGCCGAGGACAGUCCCAGCUGCACAGGAGAUGGUGGUGAGCCGGUGCAGCAGGGCAUGGUAGACGGGCACGGUGCUGAGAGUGUCGGCAACAGUCCAGCAGCCACGGACCGGGACCUGCGAGAUGUUGGUCAACUGGUCAGGCAGGCUAAGAGAAGUCGAGCAGACUCCAGUGGGCAGAAAGAAGAGGCACCAACACUUCUGUCUGAAGCCUGUGAAGACAUCUCAGCUGAUGAGCAGAAAUCAGUCACCAGUUUGUCCACACGUACGUGCGAUACAGGUACUAUGGCAUGUUCUGAGGCACAACCUUUGACAAUGAAAGAUGAUGCAAACUUGGACAAAACACCCAUCGUCAAGAAAGAGAAUUUGUUGCAAACUGACAGACAGGUUUCUGGACUAACUGUAGUUAAUGGAAAAGAUCGGGAUUCAGUCCUCGACAACUCACCAGUUGCAAAGAGAAUAAAACGAGAAAGUGCUGUGGUCCAGAGCAGGAACGUGGAGGUGAUUGAACUGAUGGAGACUGAGGAGGAGCCGGACUGCACGCCCUGUCUCCCUGGAGACGAGAGCCCACUCCCCGCUGUUGAUUCAACCCAAGCUGAUUCCCCGCUGGUCAGUGUCGUCACCAGCUCCCAGACCAGCCCUGCAAGGCACAAGAGGGUGAACGUGGCAACGCAAUGUGAUCCUGAAGAAAUCAUCAUCUUAUCUGACUCUGACUGACACAGGGCUGAGUCCCAGGGUCACAGACAGUGCAUCAAGGAAACAAAGCUGUGGCGGUUUCAAAUAGCAGAAGCAUUGCAGGACAUAUGCUGCUGAGAAAUGUAUUCUAUUAUUUGGGGCGAGUGCUGAUGGGGUCAGAAGCUUCUCUUGUCCACUGGCCUGAAGCCCAAUUUACUUCUCUAGGGAGUGGGGCAUGGGAAAAACCUAUCCUGUGUUAUAGGUUGUUUUAAAAAUGUGUACAGAUGAAUUGUGUGCCGAUGCACAUGCUGGAAGGAGCAGGACAACGAGCGGGCAGUUCCCAGAUCAGAGGUGGCAGAACUUGCAUUAAGUGUCGGAAAUUUGUCAACUGAUCUUCACACUUCCCAAAAGCUCAGUGGUCUGCGCAGUGGAAUCCUGCAGAAGGUAAUUAAAUGAUGAUUUUCCCCGAUUGGAAAUCUAACUUCACAGAAAUAAUUGGAAUAACUUGCAAGGAAGUUCAGAUUUCAUAGUUGGUUGACUCUAAGAUUUAUUCCUGCCAGGCCUCUCUGCGCUGCGCUGCAGGUAGCUCGCCCCCACAGUGGGGGUCCCACAAGGUCGGGUGUGAGCUGUGCUGGUCUUGGCUCAACCCUGGGCUGUCCCGUCCGCUCCCAUCACCCUGCCCAUCAGUGGGAAGCAGGUGCCUUCUGUCUUGUGCAAGCCGACCGACCUCUCUGGGCUGAGGUGCUCUGUAAUCUACAGAUCCUUUAACCAGUGGUAUCAUCGCUUGCCUCAGGGUUGGAUGUGAAGUUGCUUUUCCAUUCUCUGUUUCACUUUUUAAAUGCAGAGUUUACUGCACUAAAGUUAUGUAUUAAAACCUAAAAUAAAAAAAGCUACAUUUUUGGUCAUGAAGCAGAUUGACGUAAUAA